GCUCUUGGAAACAUACAUUCGCUCCUCGUCGACCUGCCAGUCUAAAUAUGAAGACCAUCCUGUGCCUGUGCGCUGUCGUGGCCACUGCUGUCGCCUUUCCCCAGACCCAGGUCAGCAGAGCUGCCCAGGUUGCCCCCGUAAUCCAGAGAACAGAGUUUAGAGACACUUCUGGGCAGAUCUCAGAGUCCUACUCGACCCACGAUGGCCAGCACUUCCAGGAGAGAGGUAUUCUGAAGCCCACGGCUGAUGGUAAGGACUACGUUCUGGUCAAGACUGGCAGUUACCAGUUCAUUACCCCUGAAGGCCAGAAUGUGAGGACCGACUGGCAGGCUGACGAGAAUGGGUUCCACGCUCAAGGAAACCAUCUGCCCGUUGCCCCCGAGGCAGCUCCUCCUGCUGCAGCUCCAGCCCCCGCCUUCUUCUAGACUGUACAUUUGUUUAAUAAAUUGUUUAUUUUAUACAUUACA